CGUGGGCGGGCGCGUCCUCGACCGCUCAGUGAAGAGGACCGUGGAGUUGCGCACCAGUUCACAUCCCUCGCUCCGCAUGAUGCGAACGUCACCCCGAACGUCCACCCAGCCCGCGUCAUCGCCUACGUGUUCGCUGGCCCAUGGGGCCUCGUCAUGCAGCAAACGCACACCAACCAACCCUCGACAAGAGGCCACACAUGACAGAACGGAUGACGAUACUUCCAAGGACAUCAUGGCCAUGUUUGCAUCUCUCGAACUAUCUCCACCAUUGCCAGCCAACGAUUCCAUCGUAUAUGCUGACAAAAUUGACACAGAUUCAUGGCAAACGGUGUCCGACGCCGCCAACAACCAGACUGGUGACCACGACAUUGAGGUCCGGCCUUUGAACACAAACGAGCUGUCCCUGUGGAACUCACUGACAACAUCGUCACCCAGUGCCUUGUCGAUUCCUCCGUCCACGUCAACCGCCUCGUCACCCACGUCACAAACACCGACAAGUCGAUCUGUGUCGAAGUCGCUCUUGAAGAAGAACAAGACGACCAACGAUCCGAACGACAAGCGUGACUUUCUAUUUGGCGGUCUCCCGCCGGAACUACGCAUUCAAAUGCAACUCGACGACGUCGCGCAGUACAGCGUCACGGACAUGAAGACGGCGGCGCGCAUUUCGCACUUCAUUUCGGCCUUGCCUGGGCUCAGCCCUGACUCCAUCGUGACCGACUCGACUGCGUGUGUCGGCGGCAACACCGCUUCGUUUUGCACAUUCUUCCGCUACGUCCAAGCCGUCGAGAUCGAUGCGACGCGAUUUCAAAUGCUCGUGCACAACCUCCACGCGGUUAUGUCGCUUGUCAACGUCCAAUGCUAUUGCGCCAACUACGUGGACGUAGUCGAGUGCUUUAGCCAGGACGUUGUGUUUGUGGACCCGCCGUGGGGUGGCCCCGAGUACCGCUCUCGGUGCACGGUCGACCUCUUUCUGGGCAACACUCCCCUCGCCGACGUGUGCGAGCGUCUUGUCGGCCGAACGCAAUACGUCGUCGUCAAAGUGCCGGAGAACUUUGACCUGGACAAGUUUACGGCCAACGUAUCUGGCGUUGUCGGGUACAUCUCGUCGUUCCGAAAGAUGGGCCUUGUCGUUGUCGACUAUCGAUACGUGCAGCCCACGCCUGUGGCACCAGGCGAUGCCGAAGACUCGAUAGCGUCCAAGUUUUACUCAUAAUAUAUGAUCCCACCUGCCC